AUGUAAAGAUCUUAAUCUACUUAAAAAGGCUACUCAAAUGAUUUACUCUAAACAAUUCAAGAAAAAAUAAAAGAGUUUAACCUUUCCUCUUAGCCAACAAUAGAUUAAUCUUAAAAUAGAUUCGGAGAAACAACUUUUAGUUAAAGCUCAUUAAGUCGCAAAAACUCUACUGUCAGCGAACUUAGGAGGAGGUUACUAGAGAAGAGAUCUCAAAAUAAAAGCAUUAAAGGCGAUUCCUCAAAUACCCCCAUGAUAAAUAGAUAUGAAGCUGGAAAUAAUAUGGUUAUUUUUAACCAUUAAUAUGAUAGCAGCAGAAAUAUUGAUGAAUAAAAAAGCUUGAUUUAUAAAAAUGCUUACUCUAAUUUACACAAAAAGGGAAAUAAAUCGAUGUAGUAGACUCAUAAUGAUUAGGAAAAUUAGAACAUAAAAUCAAAGUUAGCUUAUGAAUGGAAAAAUAUUUAUAGAAACUUAAGCCAAGAGGAUAGAAAUGCAACAGGUGAUGGAAAAAUUUCGAUUAAAUCCUUUUAAAAAGCUCUAAAUCAAAAUAAAGUCAGUCUAUCUAAAUAUGAGAUAUCUAAGCUAGUCAAAUAGUUUGGAGUCUCUGAAAGCCAAUCAACUACCAAUAAAAAGUUAUAAGAUAAUCAAAUCAUUAAUUAUACCAACAUUUCCAAACAAAUGGGCCUUCAUAAUAAUACACUUGAGUUAAUUAGACCUACAACCACUCAAUCAUCAUUCAAAUGA